AUGCCAACCCAGGCUCUGCUGCCCAUCCUGCUUCUCUGUGUUCUGCUGCUACAGGCCCAGGGAGGACCCCGUAAUAAGAACAAGAUGAAGAGUGUCAAGGCCUGUCAGAAGCAGCCCAGUGUAUAUCUUUGCAACAACCACUGUUCAUAUUUCCUAAAGUGUCCCAAUUCAGAUACCAUAUGCUGUUCAACCUACUGCGGGAACGUUUGCAUGAACCGCCUGUGA